UGGGUGUCUAGUUACGUCCUUCGUGGAAAUUAUGAAAACAUUGGACUCGUAGAGCACAGAUCAUCUAUUUUUGCCAAUUUUUGCAUGACGAUAAUCGAUAAUGUUAAUAACUAUUAUAUUAUUAUUAUUAUUUAUUUAUUUAUUUAUUUUACGCUUAGCAACACAUUUGGCAAUUAAUUUUUAUACAGGUACUUAAAUAAGAUAGAUGUGAUGUCCAUCUGCACCAAAAAUUCCAUCGUUUACAUUAGAAGAGCUUCUUUAAGAUUAAAAUUAUAUUAUAUCCUCUUCCAAUCAAUCCUUUCUUUUUUAUUUAUAACAAAUCUAAGUAACCUUGUAAGCACAGCUUGUAAGUAACAAAUAUUUAUGUCUUCUUUCAGAUAAAAUUGAUAGACAUCAAAAAUAGCUUGUGACAGAAUCUGUCGGAAGAUAGCAACUGAUAGGAAAGAAAACAUUAUCUUAAAAUAAGAGGACGACACAAUCAGUGCACAAGAGCACUCUAGAUAAAUUUAUAACUAUUAUUGUUCACAGUUAUAUUUAAGGUCCUUACCUCGAGGAAAAUCAUUCCGUGUGACAAUCCAUUGUUAAAUAGAUUUUGAAGCAAUGCGGAAUUCGUUCUGGCAAUUAAAAAUUGCGUCAAGAAAAUACUUUACUUAUGCUGAGAGAAGUAAUUACUAAUAGAAAUACGUUGAGAUGUGGUAAUGGAAGACUCGUGUAAAUAUGAAAAGGAAUAAAUAUAAAAUCCAGGAUAAUUUAAAUCGUAUCUGUUGGUUCGAAGUUAUGCAAAUGUAUGAUAAACUUGCUGAUUGUAUCAACAUCUUUAACAAGAUAUAUGCAGGACAGAUUUUAAUUAUGUUUGAAGCUUGGCUGCUCACUACAAUACUAGUAAUAUGCCGAUCAUUGUCACCAACGAUGAAGUAUUCGGAUGUUAUUUGGAGUGACAUGUUUUAUUAUACAUUUCUCAAUAUACGACCAUUUUUCUUAACAAUAUUGAGUGACUAUUUCAUACAAGAACGAAGAAAAAUACUUUCUAUUCUCAUACGCGUGCUUGUUCAUAGUGACGAUGACAGAUGUCACGACCAAGUGCAAACAAUGAUAGAUUUGGUGCAAUCCAGGAAACUGGAGCUCUCCGCUGUAGUAACGGCGGUCAAUGUACCAAUUAUGAUUGCAUUUGCCGACCGAGUUAUCUCAUAUAGCGUUUUUAUGAUUCAAUACUUUUAUAUUUAUAACGUAUAAUUAAUUGUAGUGAUUUAUUACAAAACUGGAUGUGCUCGUAGAUGUG